AUGUCGUCUCCUAUUAAUGAUUAUUUCAUUGAUUAUAACCCUCUUUUUCCAAUCUUUGCUACAAGAAUUGCGAAAGGCCUUGCUAUUUACAGAGUCUCGGAUCACGCUAGGCUUGCAGUAAUUCCAAUAAGAAAUAUAAACUUGGUGGCGAAUUACGAUUGGGAUACAACUACUGGUAAAUUUUUGUCCAUCUUUUUUAAGGAUGGGACGAUCAGAAUCCAUGACAUUUUUAAAGACGGUCGAUUAGUUUCAUUCCUAAGAAUUCCGAGUACAAAAAUAUCAAAAGGUAUAUGGGACCGAAUUCCAUUAAGAUACGAACCAAAUAAUCGAGAUUUUGCAUGUAACAUCAUUGAUGAUUUACCAAAGCUAAUAAGGUUUGUAAAGGACUCCAAAAGGAUAAACAUUGUCCCUUACACUCAACCGAAUAGCUUGUGGAGAGGUCCUGAUGAGGAUGAUCUAGAUAGUAAUGAAAAACUAGACGUUCACGUAGUAUUCAAUGAGGGAAAUGAUAAAAUUACAGUUUUUUUUAAUGGUGAUUACGCUGUUUUCUUGUCGGUGGAUAAUAUUGAAAACGAAAAUUCUUUAAAAUCAAUUAUCAAAGUUCAAGAUGGCUUUUACCAGUGCUUCUAUGAGGAUGGAACUGUACAAACUUUAAAUUUAGGACCUUUAUUACAGAGCAAAUCAUCAGUGAACCUGCUGAAUUAUAUAAUGGUAAUAAAAGAGCUUAUAGGUUAUAUGCUUACUCAUCUCGAGUUCAUUAACCGGGAACUGGCAACACCUUAUUUAGAUUUCGUCAAAAGAUUGUGUGAUGAAGCCUACGGAUAUGGCAAACUCAAAUCGGAAUUAGAAGCCCUCUUUUUACUUGGAGAGAUCUCAUGUGACUUGGAAGACUGGCUUUGCAAUUCAGUAGGUGAGAAGAACUUUAAAAGGUGGAAGUAUUUAGGUUGUGAAGCUUACCAAAAAACUGUUCAGAUUUUAACUUUAAUAUUUGUACCCGCAUGUGAAAGAAUCAUUAUUUAUGUGGAGAAGUUAAGGGCAAUAUUACAAGCCUUUUCUAUACAGAAUAAGCUCAGUUAUACGUCAGAUUUGACAGCUGUUGAAGUGCUCCUAAAAAGUUCACAGAAAUUGUUAACUAUGACAUUAAAUUCAAUAAUAGGCUUGGGGAGGGACGAAACACUUUUUGAGAAGUUUUUCAUAUGGUUCAACGACAGACUUCAUGAAGCGCUAGAUGAAGAUUAUAAACUGAAAUUUCAAUUUGAGGAUGAUCUUUACUUUGGAUACGAUUUACUAAGUUACUUUGACAGAAUCUUAUCUAAAAAAGGUACGGAACCUAGCUCAAUAAUCGACGUGAAACUUUAUAGAGACCUAAUUAACAGCAUGUCUGAUAUGGAAAAAGAUAUUGCACAAAGUAAUGUUAAUUCUCAUAUUCAACAGCAUAUUCUGGUUGAUUUAAAAACGGAUGUUUUUGCGCAAAAAUAUCCAUCUUCGCAAAUAAAUUUGCUUGAUGCCAUAAAAUUACCAAAGCAUAAUUACAUAGUCUACCUUAUUCAGGUAACAAAACACAACAGUGCUCAAGAACCUUUCUCAGAAGAAAACAAAAAGAAACUAUAUAUAGGUACUCUGAAAGAUGAGAAUUUAGGCAUUAUAUCAAAGGAAUCGUCAGUCAAGAUUCCGGCGCUAUUCAAGAGCUAUAGGUUGAGCAGUACAAGGUUUGUGCCGAAUAGGGUCCAUAGCUUGCUUCGGGAUAUUGGAUUGUCAGAUAGUAACUAUCAUAGUAGCCACGUCACCGAUUAUAGGGGAGAAAACUAUGAAAACGAGGAAGAUGAUGGCACAAUAGCUAUUCCUGCUUACAUCAGGGAGAAUAGGGAAAAUGAUGAUUUCAUAGCAUGCACCGCGAAGGUAUCGGUGGAUGGAAGAAGCGCAUCCCUAGUGUUUCCAAAAGAAAAACAAAAUGUUUGA